CAAUUCCCGCAAUUAAAGCCCUAAACCCUAGAGACCCACCAUAUAAAAGUAUCUCAACCGGAUCAAAAAUUUCAGAGGUAUGACAAUGAGGUAGGAGAUCGUAUAACCAAGAAAUUAGAAAUAUAUUUAGUUGUUUUUUCGCAAAAGCACCAAAAUAGCCCCUUGAUUCUUCAAGUUGCAGAGUUUCAAGGAAUCAACGAGAAAAGGGUAUUAUUAUAAGGUGCUAUAUUAACAAUGGCGAAUAACUCACUCCUUUGCAGUUUAUGACAUCUUUUGUAAUCUUGCAGAGAGUCUGUUUCGCCUGCAUGAACUUUUUUUAUUUUUUAUGUUUUUAAUUAUUAUUCUAUGGAAGUUUUGGAAAAGGCAAAGCCAAGAUGAUGAGUUGGUUUAGAUCUGAUUUAAGAUGUUGAAUCGCAUUUUAUCGUUAUGGUCUUCAAAGUUCUCUGAUUCGCUUUGCUUUAAUACUUUCAAUGGUUUAGAUCUCAAUUAUUAAUCCUUUUCUUUUCUGCAAAUUCGAAGACCCCAAAAGUUUGUCUUAAAUUUUGUCAAAUGUGCAGAGGCAAAGAGAAAAAUGAUGAGAUUCUAAUGGCUGAAAACUCCAUGUGGAACCUUCAUAUCCUUCAAAGUUCUCUGAUUUCUUUCCUGCAUAUCUAACGGUACAAUCAUCGUGGGUUCUCUUAUGACUUUCAUGGUGGGAUUCUUAGUUGCUAGUAUGGGCAUGUUAUGUGAUGGAUGUUUCGAAAGCUUUCUGUACCAUGUGGCAUGUUGCAAUCUUUGUCAGCACUAAAAUUCAUAGCCUGUUAUAUUUAUAUGCUAUACAGGCUUUACGAGCAUGGUGCAAUAUCAAUGUUGUUCUUAGUUUUCCUUUUUCCAAGGAAGCUUAACUUGGUCAUUUUGUUAAGUUGAGUAACAAUUUUGAAGAACAGAAGCUGGCUCUAUUUUUAAUUCCACAUUCGACAUUCAAACAUGUCUUGCUGCCGCUUUUGAUUCUUCUGAUGGUCGUUAUAUGUGCUAUGGACUUCAAUUUUCAUGUUGAUAUCAAUUUUUUUUCAAUUGAAAUGACAAAGUAGUCUUUGUUGUGGGGCUACAAUUUUCUUAAUUCCACUAGUUUUAUGCCUGGUGCAAGCAAUUUUUGGGUAACUAUUUCAAUCUAGAGUAAAAGGCCUCUGAAUUCCAAAAACUCUAGCCGGUUGCAAGAGUUGCAAAUAUUUGAUAUCUUGGGUGAUUGAUUUUGAUGUAUGGCUCUUCUUGCUUUUAAAGGAUAAUUCACGUGUAUUUCUGAAGGAUUUAUCAAACGUUAAAGCGUUUAGUUGAGCUGGAUAUCUUUUUUGCCUUGACCUGUCUUGCCUUGUAUUUUUGUGAUGUUCGUCUGUGGAAACUGUUAAUUGUUCCUGCAUUACGACUAGCAGGAGGGCAAGUAAAAGAUGUUGUGAAGUUUUACCGUGCCUGUACUUUGGCUGUUAGAAAUAGCUUAUAGAGCUCUCUGUGCAUUAGAAAAAGAUUAAAUAAAUGUUAUUAUAGAGCUAUGUGCCUCCCUUUUUGUUUCACUCGACAACACCCGUCUACAGGUUUGCAAAAAUUAUGCAAACAGUUUUGAUCCGAAAGGAUGCUAGAAAAGGGGCUUUGAGGGUUUGGAAUUGCUCUUGAUUGUUUGAAACCAGUUAUGGUGGCUACAACAUCGUAUGCAUUUUUGGCCAGUGUGUUUAUGGAGACCUGUCGGCCAAAUUUCAAAGUGAAGCUCAAUCUCACUGUUGCAGCGGCAAUGGCAAUUCACCCAUUGAUAAUGACCAUAUCGAUAAAUACAAUUUUCAGAGUGCAAUCUGCAGGAACUUUGCAAGGAAAUAACAGGGCCUCUGUCCCAGCUAGCGACCAUUUUUGAAUCUGUAUGUACGCAACGAGUUUCAUAUGAAUUAGCUUCUUUCCUUCAAAUUGAUAAUAAAAGAGAGGAACUCACAAGAAAUAACCAGAAGGGAGAGCAACCACAACACAUGCCGGAUUUCAAUUAAGAUUUGGCUGCCAACUUUGUUUUUGGUCGAUAAGGGAUUGAAUCUGUUUGCUACCUGCCUUUGUUUGUUUAAAAGAGUGCAUUUCCUGGGGUCUGAAAUUUUCUUAAACAUCAUUCACUGCCAAUAUACAUAAACAUUGAAGAUGUCUGCAGGCGAGAUGGCUUUGCUUCUCAUCAUCACUUGCAUCUUGUUGGUCUCUUCUCACCUUCUUUUUUGAUUUAGUACUGUUUCAUUUCAGUUAACACCUAGCUUAUAAUUAUUGUAGAGAUAAAUCUAGUAAGUUACUAUAUGAUUUCAGAUAUGCAUAGUUUGAGCAAAAGCAAGAGGUCUAGUAAUCGUUGAAGGACUGCAAAUAUAAUCUCGGAUGCUCAAAAGAAAUUUGCCAUAGUGUAGAAAGCAGAUGGGGGUUCCUAUGCUUAUUUUGCCAAAAAGUAAUGGAAAAGGGGACACCGAACAAUAUCGCCUACUGUCCGGCCGGUAGUGGCGUAUUCAGUUGGACCAAAUGUUUGUGUUGGAGAGCCAUGAACAAGUCUUCACUGGAGCUAGCCUUCGUCUUCAUGCUACUGGUGACUGCUUCUUUUUCAGAUAAGAAGAUUGGAGCUGAAGGAAGGAAUGUAGUCUCAUUUCGCUGUGAUACAGUUGAAGGAUGCAGGGUCGGUGUCUGCCGGAAAUGUGGAUCUUGCAGUUGCAUAAAACACUGGUGCGUAUGCAAUGAUGAUCACCGGUCUAACUUAGCAGCUGCUGGCCAGAGAGCCAUAAUGAUCAACGAGGAGCCGCGAUCAGAUGAAGUUCCAGCGUAACCAUUUAAUCAAUGGAUGAUUGUACAUAUACAUAAAUAAUGCUGUGUAAACAGCUGAGAUAUUGGGGACAUAUAUAUAUAUAUAUAUAUAAUAUGAUUUUCAGAGUUUUUUUUUUUAUAAUGCAUCUGAUGCAUAGAGGAAUCUGGAGAUGACCCAUGGUUUCAGAUGUACAUAUAAUGGAGUAAAAGGAAAAGGUUCGGUAGCAGCCUUGGCUCUCGAUGGUUGUAGCUUUGCCAGAGAUUGCAAACAUAUUCUUGGAUGCAUGCUGGAAAGCAAUUUGCCAUAAAAACAAAUGCGUAACUUCCAUUUGUGCUUGCCUCGGGGCAUGUUCUUCGAGUGAAACCACCUUUGAAAUUAUGUAAUAUGUAAUUGUGAUUGUAAUGAAAUAGCUUUCUUAAUAA